CGAGCUCCUGCGGCGAGUGCCUGGGACCCGGGGGGGGAUCUGGGUUCGGUUCUGAGGUCCGGGCUCGGUCCGGUCGACCCCAAACGCUGACCGUUCUCAUUUCCUUUUGGGAGUAUUCAUGCUUCACCAUGUUGAGAGCUAAGAAUCAACUCUUUUUGUUAUCGCCCCAUUACUUGAAGCAGCUAAACAAUCCAUCAGCUUCCAGAUGGAAACGGCUUCUACAUCAGCAGCAACCCCUUCACCCAGAAUGGGCUGUACUGGCCAAAAAGCAGCUGAAAGGCAAAAACCCGGAGGAUCUUAUAUGGCACACCCCAGAAGGGAUCUCUAUAAAGCCCUUAUAUUCCAGAGCAGAUACUAUGGACUUACCAGAAGAACUUCCAGGAGUGAAGCCAUUCACACGUGGACCAUAUCCCACCAUGUAUACCUAUAGGCCCUGGACCAUCCGUCAGUAUGCAGGCUUUAGUACUGUGGAAGAAAGCAAUAAAUUCUAUAAGGACAAUAUUAAGGCUGGUCAGCAGGGGUUGUCUGUGGCCUUUGACUUGGCAACACAUCGUGGUUAUGAUUCAGAUAACCCCAGAGUUCGUGGAGAUGUUGGAAUGGCCGGAGUUGCUAUUGACACUGUAGAAGACACCAAAAUCCUAUUUGAUGGCAUUCCUUUAGAAAAGAUGUCUGUUUCCAUGACCAUGAAUGGAGCUGUCAUCCCGGUCCUGGCAACAUUUAUAGUAACUGGGGAAGAGCAAGGUGUGCCGAAGGAGAAGCUCACUGGCACAAUUCAGAAUGACAUCCUAAAGGAGUUUAUGGUCAGAAAUACUUAUAUUUUCCCCCCAGAGCCAUCCAUGAAAAUUAUUGCUGACAUUUUCCAAUAUACAGCACAGCACAUGCCAAAAUUUAAUUCCAUUUCGAUUAGCGGGUACCAUAUGCAGGAAGCAGGAGCUGAUGCCAUUUUAGAACUGGCCUAUACCAUCGCGGAUGGGUUGGAAUAUUGCAGAACUGGACUCCAGGCUGGACUCACAAUUGAUGAAUUUGCACCAAGGUUGUCUUUCUUCUGGGGAAUUGGAAUGAACUUCUACAUGGAAAUAGCCAAGAUGCGAGCUGGGAGAAGACUGUGGGCUCACUUAAUAGAAAAAAUGUUCCAGCCUAAAAACUCCAAAUCUCUUCUUCUAAGAGCACAUUGCCAGACAUCAGGGUGGUCACUUACUGAGCAGGAUCCUUACAAUAACAUUGUCCGCACUGCAAUCGAAGCCAUGGCAGCUGUGUUUGGAGGAACACAGUCUUUGCAUACGAACUCUUUUGAUGAAGCACUAGGCUUGCCCACUGUGAAAAGUGCUCGGAUUGCCCGGAACACACAAAUCAUCAUUCAGGAAGAAUCUGGGAUCCCAAAAGUGGCUGAUCCUUGGGGAGGAUCGUACAUGAUGGAGUCUCUCACAAAUGAUGUUUAUGAGGCUGCUCUGAAGCUGAUACAUGAAGUUGAAGAAAUGGGUGGAAUGGCCAAAGCUGUAGCUGAAGGAAUUCCUAAACUUCGCAUUGAGGAAUGUGCUGCCCGAAGACAAGCUAGAAUAGAUUCUGGUUCUGAGGUAAUUGUUGGAGUCAAUAAGUAUCAGUUGGAAAAAGAAGACUCUGUGGAGGUCCUGGCCAUUGACAAUACUUCAGUGCGUAAGAAGCAGAUCGAAAAACUCAAGAAGAUCAAAUCCAGCAGGGAUCAAGCCUUGGCUGAGCAGUGUCUCGCUGCACUCACCCAGUGUGCUGCCAGUGGAGAUGGCAAUAUUCUGGCUCUCGCAGUGGAUGCAGCUCGUGCAAGAUGUACAGUUGGAGAAAUCACAGAUGCCUUGAAAAAAGUAUUUGGUGAGCAUAAAGCUAAUGAUCGUAUGGUGAGUGGAGCAUAUCGGCAGGAGUUUGGAGAAAGUAAAGAGAUCACAUCUGCCAUCAAGAGAGUUAAUAAAUUCAUGGAACGUGAAGGUCGCAGACCUCGUCUUCUUGUGGCAAAAAUGGGACAAGAUGGCCAUGACAGGGGAGCCAAGGUCAUUGCUACAGGAUUUGCUGAUCUUGGUUUUGAUGUGGACAUAGGCCCUCUUUUUCAGACUCCCCGUGAAGUGGCGCAGCAAGCUGUGGAUGCAGAUGUCCAUGCUGUGGGUGUCAGCACACUUGCUGCUGGUCAUAAAACCCUUGUUCCUGAGCUUAUCAAAGAACUCACUGCCUUGGGGCGGCCAGAUAUCCUUGUCAUGUGUGGGGGCGUGAUUCCACCACAGGAUUAUGAAUUUUUGUACGAAGUUGGUGUUUCCAACGUAUUUGGUCCUGGAACCCGGAUUCCUAGAGCUGCUGUUCAAGUGCUUGACGAUAUUGAGAAGAGUUUGGCAGAGAAGCAGCAGUCUAUAUAACAUCUGGAUCUUUAGUUGUGGCCAGAGAAGGUGGUAGUAAAUCUGUGUCUUCAGGUAAUCCUAACAUCCAUUAGAAUGCUUGCUUUGGAAACAUACACUACAAGAUUCUCAUUAUAAAUGUACCAUCACGCCAGUACACAUAGUAAAGAAUCUGAGUUAAAAAAAAACUCUGAAAAUCAUUUACACCAAAUAUUUUUUAAGUAUAUUAUUCUAGAAAAUUAAAAUGGUAUACUACUUAGAAAUAGCUAAUAACACAAUUCUUGUAAAUAACUAAACUUUUGUUUUGUCCUUUGACAUGAGGUCUCACACCACGUAGCUUUGGUUGUCUUGGAACUCACUCUGUAGAACAAGUCUGGCCUCAAACUCACAGAGAUCCACCUGCCUCUGCCUCCCU